AUGAACGUUGAAAUCUGUUCGACGAUUAAGCUAGUCAAGUAUUUGUAUAAAUAUGUCUAUAAGGGUCACGAUCGUGUUAGCUUCCAUAUUUACUCAGAAAAUAACCCUGGCAACAUUGAUGAAAUGAAGGAUUUUCAGACUGGGAGGUGGGUAGCGGCUGCUGAAGCUUUUUGGUGCAUUUAUAAGUUUAACCUGAAUGAAAUGACUCCUGCUGUGUAUACUCUUCAAUUACAUCUUCCAGAAUUUUUUGUUUGGAAGCCUACUAAGAAAAAAUGGAUUGAACGGAAGAGAAAAAGAGUCAUUGGUCGUGUUGUGACUGUUGCUCCAAAUGAGGGAGAGCGCUACUACUUGCGACUUCUCUUAUCUCACGUUCAUGCUUUUACGUGUUUUGAAGAUCUCUUGACUGUUAAUGGAAAGCUUAUGCUCUCCUAUAGAGAAGCUGUCUUCCAAAUAGGACUGCUUCAAUCUGACACACAUAUGGAAGACACGCUUAAUGAAGCAGCAGCCUUUCAGAUGUCUUCUUCGUUAAGAACUCUCUUUGCAAUCUUGUUAGCCUAUUGUUCGCCGAGCAAUCCUAAAGUCCUCUGGGAAAAAUAUGAAACUGAGAUAAGGGAUUUUGAGAAAGCUAAGAGUUUUUCUGCUCAAAAUGUUGAACAAAUAAGAAGAUGUGUUUUGCUGGAUAUAAAUAAAUCCUUGGAACAAAUGGGAAAAAAUGUCAAUGACUACCACUUGGUACCUGGUGGUUUUAUUCUCAAUCAUGAUGAGCGCCUCACAAGAGAAAUUCAGAGUGAGCUAAGCAUACAGUUUACAGAGCAAGACUUGCUAUUGCCUUCAAAGCUAAAUAUAGGCCAAAGAUUUGCUUAUGGCGUUAUUCUGUAA